AUGUCUGAACUCAAAAUUGAAAAGAUCGCACCAGGCGAUGGUAAGACUUUCCCAACCGUUGGCAGUCUUGUGACUAUUCACUACGAGGGUACCCUCGAGAACGGCAAGAAGUUUGACUCCUCCAGAGACCGUGGCAAGCCAUUCCAAACCUACAUCGGUGUUGGUCAGGUGAUCAAGGGCUGGGACCAAGGUAUUCCAACUCUUUCUCUUGGUGAAAAGGCCAAGUUGACCAUUCCAGGUCCUCUGGCUUAUGGUCCACGUGGUUUCCCAGGUUUGAUUCCUCCAAAUGCCACCUUGAUCUUUGAGGUUGAGUUGCUUGGAAUCGACAACUAG